AUGGCCGACAAAUUCAUAUUCGUGAAUGCUCCGACAAUCGUGAACGCUGGCCCGCGAGAUGCUCGGCGGCAUUUACGUUCUCAGUUAAUGCGUCGGGUUUACCUGAAGAAAUACAAAGUCUCUCCACCGUCGGCCGAAGAGGAUGGGGUCGGCACGCGGAACAAGGAUUUGUCAGAUAGUCCAGAACAAUGUCAUUGUUCGCCUCCUUCAGUGAGCACGAGACCAAGUUCGCCAGAUGACGGCCGUCGCAAGAAGAAUAAGGCAGGGAAGAAAAAGAGAGCAGUGAAGUCGAGAAUCCCUCCCGAGUCCAAGCUGCCCACUCCCCCCAUUGACGACGAUGAACUUGAUGUGUGCGAGACCUGCGGUGGUAUCUCUCAUGAGUCACAGCAAGAUCCAUCCGAUACGCUUACCGAAGUAGUCUCUGCAAAAGACAUAAUAACAGACAGACAGCGAGGGGAUGGCGAUCCAAAAAUGAAUAUUGGGGCUUCUGUUUUCGACCCUUUCGAGCAAAAUUUUGGCAAAAAGGAUUGUCCGAAUAGCAAUGUUCUGAUACAACAUUUUUUCCAAGUCCUCAUACCUGCGCUUCGAAACGGUCGCGAAUGGAGUCCGAAAAUAGUAAGCGAGUAUAUCCAACUCACACCGGACCCUCUUAUAUUCCACGUCCUUUGUCUCAGUUCGGCAGUGCACAGGGAUAAGCUUAUGCUGUGGAGUGGAGCGGACUCGGAUCGUCACCAACGAGAAAUGGAAAAAUCCCACUACAGAUACACUGCCUUACGCGAGUUACGCCGAGCCGUGUCAACCUACAAAAUUGGCACUCCAGCCUUUGAUGCAAUUCUCGUCAGUGUUUGCCUACUCUCAGUGAGCGACCCGAUGGGCGAACUUCCUUCAAGUAUCACAGAAAGGGACUACAAUCCGUUCCAUCAUGUCUUGCAACCGCUCGGUGGCCUGAAUAUCUAUGGAUAUCAGCCAGUGCAUCGUGUACACUGGAAAGGAUUGUUAGCUUUGUUAGACCAACACGGAGGGUUUGACAAGAUACAGUUGUAUGGUGCAAAGUGGAAGAUUGCUUACACCGCUUUGAAGUACGCUUUGCAUACCGGCACAAAACCAGUCUUUCCCAUGUGCAAUCAUCUUGGAGAGUCGUUAAUUGAGCUAGAACCGCUAGAUAUCCUCGGACUAACACCCUCGGAUCUCCCUCCUCUUACCAGCUCCGGCUUUACAAGCUUGGAUAUGUUCUCGAUUCGCGACUCGAUUCAACAAGUUUUUGUGGAAAUUAGUCAAGUGGCGCAAAGCAUGAACAUGCUAGUACCGCAAUGGGACGAUAAAGCUGUAAGAGAUCUCAUGGCCGAUGCUCGAAACCUGGUUCAGUAUCGAUUUUUGAAUCUUCCUACCCUGUCCGACGACCCUAGUCUCAUAGCGGAUUUGUCAUUGCUCGAAGGGAGCAAACAAGCAACCGCUUAUGCGAGAAGUAUUAUGGAGGUGGCAUCGUCUGUAUAUGGAAUGUGCUGGCUUGUUACCUACUUGUUCACGACUCACGUCACCUUCCCUGUUCCGUCUUCUCGUCGCUUUCGAGUCAAAAUAGUUUUCCAAAUCCGUGACGCUAUCAGUAAUUGUGGCUAUGCCCUGCAACAUAAUCGUUGGGUCUUGAAAUUGCAACUGUGGUGUGUGGUUAUCGCCGGUAUUGCUGCCGAAGAUGUCGACGCCGAUCUCAGGCAGUGGAUGGCACUCAAGGCUCGCGAUUUAUACACUGAACUGGGCCUCCAAGGCUGGGAAGAGGUGCUUGAUGUGAUGACCUCUUUUGCCUGGAUGGAGGUAGCCUGCGCACACGGAGCAAGAAAGUUCUGGGCGCAGGUGCAAAGCUACGAUGACUGAGCGUGCUCUGACUCGAAUAUGUAAAUGCACGAAUAAUCCGAGUCAUUAUAUUACAGUAGCACCAGCAACUAAGCCUGAACUGCCUUAUGCCUUGGAAAAUUGGAUUAUUUUCGGUGUCGACCCAACCAGUCGUACAUCAAAAUACGCAUUCGGACUUGGAGUACUGGAGAGGAACUUGUGGAUUCCCAGUUGGGUGAACGUAUUAGCGGACACACAGCAACCUCAUGUCAUGGAAAAUGCAAUCGAUAUAUCGAUAGGAAUAGUCGCAGAGCUCUUUCUGACUACCUGCACGUCUUGCUUCGUUGUUUCUUUUUGGGUGGAGGUGUACUCUGGUGACAAAAGCGAUACGGUUUAUGAAAAUGCAGCUUCAACGACACUAUCUUCUUGAAAAUGAGAUUUACGCCAUGAAGCCUGAUAUUCAAUAUACCCCUUCAACUUUUUUUAUUUCUACAUUCAGCACUCGGAAAACCGGAUCUCACCAAUCUCCUUAGCAAACUAUUUAUCCAUUGUCAAGCCUCGCUUCACUGAGGUGAUCUAAUCAACCCAUCAAUCCCUUACUGCUCCGGCGAGCCCUUCACGUCCGCUUUUACCCGCGUUCCAUUCCUCGCUUUGGCUUGCCACUAUCGGACUGGAGGUUGCGUCCUCUUCGCCAACAUCAUAUUUCCUUCUAUUCAAGCAAGCAGUUAGCAUUCUGCAGCAGAGAUAAACUCCCAAGGUAUGGCCAGCUAAGUAAUGAAUUCCGUGAGUGUACAGAGUAUACAUACGCAUUAUCCCUUCUCUCCAAAUAUACAGCAAGCGCCAGCGUCAUCGCAGCACAUAUGAUUAAGGCAACUGUAAUCGAGUUUCCAACCAGGAAUCUUGGUGCAUAUGUUGUAUUAUACGAUAGGAGUGGGAUCCAUGCAUUGAAGGCAUACCUGAAGAAGAUCAAUAUAUUAGCUGAACAUGAAUGUUAUUUAUAUGGAUGUCAAGACGGAUAAUCAUACGCAAUAGAGUUUGUUGAGCCGAGAAUAAUGAUCCUUUCGAGACUGUCGCCUGCACAAACCUCGUUCACCAUCGUCUAUCAACCUUGAAUCAGCAAGUGCCCAGGUGGAAGCUCCCAUGGGAAAGGAAUGCUCUUUUCAACAUACCAAGAAAACGGGGCCAGAUCCUUGCGCGAAUCUAAGAGUUUGACGUUAGAACUUCAGAAACACCCCAGCAGAUAAUAUUUCUUUUUCCACAAGUUCUUGUCUCACCCGGUCAGAUAAUAAGAUGCCCA